AAGUCCCAGCAGUCACUGUCUCCUUCCAGAUACUGGAUACAGAGUGUCACACCUAUAACCCCGCCUCUUUCCUUAUGACCAAUCACAGCGCGACAUCGUGUUUCCCGGCCGGGCGGAUGCUGCAGAGAUGGGUGUGCGCCCCGCCCCUUCCGCCCUCUCUCUCCCUGCUCGUUCCCUCAGCAAGAUGGCGGCUCCGGCGGUCUCUGUGGCCACCCUGCACGGCCCGGUAGUUAAGGUGCACCCCGUAGUUCUGGCCUCCAUCGUGGACAGCUAUGAGCGGAGGAAUGAGGGCGCUGCCCGGGUGAUCGGGACCCUGCUGGGGACCGUGGACAAACACUCCGUAGAGGUCACCAACUGCUUCUCCGUCCCCCACAAUGAGUCCGAGGACGAGGUGGCCGUGGACAUGGAAUUUGCCAAGAAUAUGUACGAGCUGCACAAGAAGGUGACAUCAGCGGAGCAGAUCUUGGGCUGGUACGCCACAGGAAAUGACAUCACAGAGCACUCCGUACUGAUACACGAGUAUUACAGCCGGGAAGCCACAAACCCCAUUCACAUGACCGUGGACACCAGCAUGCAAGGGAACCGCAUGAAUAUCAAAGCGUACAUCAGCACUCCGAUGGGCAUACCUGGGAAAACGAUGGGAGUGAUGUUCACCCCGCUCACCGUGCAGUACAUUUACUACGACACAGAGCGGAUUGGAAUCGACCUAAUUACAAAAACCUGCUUUAACCCCAAUCGCUCCAUCGGACUGACCAGUGACCUUCAGCAAGUGGGGUCUGCUGCCAACUCUACGCUGGAUUCCCUGAACACUGUGCUGCAGUAUGCGGAGGAUGUGCUGUCUGGUAAAGUCUCUGCGGACAACACCGUGGGGCGAUUCCUAAUGGAUCUGGUGAACAAAGUACCCAAGAUAGAUCCAGAAGACUUUGAGGCCAUGCUGAACAGCAACAUUAAUGAUCUCCUGAUGGUCACCUACCUGGCCAACCUCACCCAGGCCCAGAUAGCGCUCAACGAGAAAUUGCUUAACCUGUGAAUGCCGCACGUCGCCAUCCUCACCAUCCAACUUGGCGACACGAUGGGCCUGACAUUACGCCGACCGCCGGCUGCCGUGUGACCGGGCUUGUAUAGCGGCAGGAAGUUACAAUUCCAUGUUAAACAUGUAUGAUUGUGAUUUUUGGAUGCAAAUCUGAUUAUGGACUUCGCUGUAGCAGUUCCCUGUGUGAAAUAAAAAAUCUGCAGUUUCACAGAA